GGUAGUGAAGUGAAGUCAAAACCCCUAACUUUUGUCCUCUGCUGUCGGAAAAGAAUACAGAGGUUGAUCGACGCCUAUACUCGCCAAUGUCGUCCCCGGAAAAGAAGAGGAAGACGACGAAGAAGCCAUCGCCGACGCCGCAAUCGACAACCCCAAAUCCUUCACUUCCAGAUGAUUUAGUAGUGAGCUGCUUAGCACGCGUCUCGAGAUUGUAUUACCCAACUCUCUCCUUAGUCUCCAAGAGCUUCCGCUCCUUGAUUGCUUCACCAGAUCUCUACAAGACCCGAUCUCUGUUAGGUCGCACUGAGAGUUGUCUCUAUGUGUGUUUACAGGAGAAAGAUUCUGACCCUAACCCUCGUUGGUUCACUCUCUGUCUGAAACCUAAUCGAACUCUAACCAAUGAUAUCACUGAGAAGAAGAAGAAGAAGAAGAAGAAGAAGAAGAUGUCAAGUGGGUAUGUUCUGGCUGCAAUCCCAGUUCUCCAUUCUCGUCCUGCGUACUGGUCGGGUCUCGUUGCCGUUGGUUCUAAUAUCUACAACAUUGGAGGACCCAUCGACAAAGCACACUCGUCUAUCGUCUCGGUCCUGGACUGUCAGUCUCACACAUGGCACGAGGGUCCAGGCAUGAGAGUAGAGCGGAGAUAUCCGGCGGCUAAUGUUGUUGAAGGAAAGAUAUAUGUAACAGGAGGCUGCAAAGACUGCAGCAAUUCCUCCAACUGGAUGGAGGUUUUCGAUCCUAGAACCCAAACUUGGGAGUCUGUCUCGAGCCCUGGCGCAGAGAUUGGAGGUUGUAGCAUACAUAAAAGCGCAGUGGUGGAAGGAGAAAUCUUGAUUGCAAACUCUCAUGGUUUGAUUUACAAACCCAAGGAAGGUAGGUGGGAAAGGAUGAAAUGGGACAUGGAUAUAGGUUGGGUAUGGUAUUCUUAUUGCGUUGUUGAGAACGUGCUUUACUAUUACUAUAAGGGAGUCUUCAAAUGGUAUGACACUAUGGCAAGACUCUGGAGGGAUCUCAAGGGUGUGAAAGGACUCCCCAGGUUUGCCAGAUGUGGUGGAAAAAUGGCGGAUUAUGGUGGAAAGAUGGCGGUUUUCUGGGACAAGAUUGUGACUUCCGAUGAUGGAUGUAAGAACAAGAUGAUUUUGUGUGCUGUGAUUGCGCUUGAAAGGCGCAACAGCGAAGAGAUUUGGGGGAAGGUCGAGUGGCAUGACGCAGUUCUUACAGUUCCCUUGUCAUAUGAAGUCGUGUAUGCUCUUUCCCCUACCGUUUGAUGAGACAAGACGUGAAUGUGGUGAAUCUUUGUUUCUUGCGUGUAUCGUAUCAUUUUGUUGGAUGCUUGUGUCUCUUGUUUUUAGCUGAAUGCUGAAAACCUUUGAUGCUUUGCUUAUCUUGUGCUGCUAAAAGACCUAUGGGAAGAACAAGUAAAUCUAAGACAUUCACAUUUUAUUGAGGAGUGUUUGGUCGUCUAGU